AACAGAAAAAUACUUACCUAAAACAUGUUUGGAAACUAAAAAUUAAAAUCAAUAAUACGUAACCAAAACACCUAAAUUAACACCCCGGCAAUGCAAAUGGGUCACUUAGAUUAACCUUCAUAAUAUAACUUUAAAAGAUGGCAAGAGAAAUGUCGCAGACGGACAUAGAGAAACCAGCCCCGGCGAAACCCAAACCCACGACAUCGUACUCGUUUAAGGACUUAUCCAAGAUUGUGACGGACGCAACCAACAUCCGCGACCCGAAGACGCAGUCGGUGGUGCUGGUGGGCUUGCUGGUGGUGCUGGGAGUAGCGCUGUGGUACGGCUUCAGCGCCAACUGCAUGAGGCGACGACGACGGAGAAGAAGAUCAACCAGCCCUUGUCGAUAACUCAAGAUACUCGUUACAAAACAAAAGAAAAAUAAAACACUGUAAUAUUAUAAAGCAAUAUAUUCUAGACAAAUGGAAUUCUAUUGGAUGUUACUUAAGAAUAUUGUAAAAAUAAAGUUAACUGAUGUAAUGAAAAAUUAUGAGUACAACGUACAUCCACUCCAACGGAUACUUCUGGCUCUAGGCUAUAAUCUGAAAAACAAAUAAAAAUAAGUA